UUAAAUAAUAAAUUAAAUUUUAAAAAACUUAAAUUAUUUAAAAUUCUAAAGAAAAUUAAAGAAGUUAACUAUAAGCUAGACUUACCUAAUAAUAUAAAAUUAAAAAUAACUAUUUUUUAUAUUUUAUUACUAGAAAAAGCACUAAUAAAUAAAAAAACAGGCAAGCUAAUUAUAAAUAAAAUUAUUAUUAAAGAUAUUAAAAAAAAAUAUAAAAUUAAAAAACUACUUUAUAUAUAA